AUGAUCAUCACCAAGUUGCGCUUUCUGGUCUGUAUGCUCCUCUUCUGCCUCGCAUGGAACGUCGAGGCAUGCACCAAGGUCAAGGGCACCGGCAAAUUGUACACCUUAUGGAGCAACUACCUCCCCACUCCCAUCAAGCGAACCAUGGAGUUCUGGCUCGACUUCAAAGACCUCGGACACAAGUGCAGGAUGUAUGUGGAUUUCGGGGGUGGAAAGUUCAUGACGCGGUGGUCUGGCGCCUCUGACGAUGGUUAUUGCCUUGCCUUGGCUGAUACCAAAACUGGCGAACUGAUGGUUAGAUACGAAGGUUAUAUCUAUGUGGGAACCUACUGGCCAGAAGAGAUUAGUGAUUCGAACGACUAUACUUCGACCCAGCAGCUUAUGUACAAUUUCGAGCUUUCGAGAUUCUGCUAG